UGUCCCGGGGAGGGGAAGGGGGCGGGCAGCGUAGGGGGUGUGACAGCUCCCGCCCGGACCAGUGCCAGCUGCAGCCUCGCUUCGGCGCCCGGUGCCAGCUGGCUCAUUCGUCUGGGACGGAGGCGGAGGCUUGGGGCUCCUUGCCGCUGGGGGGGGGGACUCCCCCCUACGCCCCCUGCCCUCAACCCACCCAAAAGGAGCCUCUACACCCAGCCGGUCGCCCUGGCAGCCAGUCCAGCUAGGAAUUAGCCCUGUUCCGCUUCGCCUGGGGCUUACAGCCCGCACCCCUCCAGGAGGAGUAGGGGUCUCGAUGAGGGUCUCCCCCUCCCCAACCUUUUGCUAGAGCCUGCAGGGCUGUGCAAGCUUGAGAAGGACCAUGAAGGGUUGCAGCACCUCCGCCUGACCAGUCCAGAGGACUCAGAGGAAGUGGUUCUGCCUGGGGCAGUUGUGCCCUGGUCCAGCUGCCCCAGUCCCAGUCCCAGCCCCGGCCCCAUGGCUCUCUGCCUUCCUCCCUGCGUCACAGGUGGGCUGGCCAGGUGAGAGCCGCUGGCAGGUGGGCCUGGCUGUGGAGGACAGCCCAGCUCUUGGAGCAUCGCAGGUGGGAGGCCUCCCGGACGUGGUGCCGGAGGGGACCCUGCUCAACAUGGUGCUGAAGAGGAUGCACCGGCCCCGGAGCUGUUCUUACCAGCUGCUGCUUGAGCACCAGCGCCCCAGCUGCAUCCAGGGGCUCCGCUGGACGCCACUCACGGACAGUGAGGAGUCCCUGGAUUUCAGCGUGAGCCUGGAGCAGGCCUCCACGGAGCGGGUGCUCCGGGCCGGGAAGCAGCUGCAUCGACACCUCCUGGCCACCUGCCCGACCCUUAUCCGAGACCGGAAGUACCACCUUAGGCUCUAUCGGCAGUGCUGCUCUGGCCGGGAGCUGGUGGAUGGGAUCUUGGCACUGAGCCUUGGAGUUCAUUCCCGAAACCAAGCCGUUGGAAUCUGCCAGGUGCUCCUGGAUGAAGGUGCCCUUUGCCAUGUGAAACACGACUGGACCUUCCAGGACCGAGAUACCCAAUUCUACCGUUUCCCCGGGCCAGAGCCAGAGCCCUUGGGAGUCCAUGAGCUGGAGGAGGAACUGGUGGAGGCUAUGGCCCUGCUCUCCCAGCGGGGGCCUGAUGCCCUGCUCACUGUGGCGCUUCGAAAGCCCCCAGGUCAGCGCACAGACGAGGAGCUGGACCUCAUCUUUGAGGAGCUGCUGCAUAUCAAGGCCGUGGCCCACCUCUCCAACUCGGUGAAGCGGGAAUUAGCAGCAGUUCUGCUCUUUGAACCCCACAGCAGAGCAGGGACCGUGUUGUUCAGCCAGGGAGACAAGGGCACCUCGUGGUACAUUAUCUGGAAGGGAUCUGUCAACGUGGUGACCCAUGGCAAAGGGCUGGUGACCACACUGCAUGAGGGAGAUGACUUUGGACAGCUGGCUCUGGUGAAUGACGCACCCCGGGCAGCCACCAUCAUCCUGCGAGAAGAUAACUGUCAUUUUCUCCGUGUGGAUAAGCAGGACUUCAACCGUAUCAUCAAGGAUGUGGAAGCAAAGACCAUGAGGCUAGAAGAGCAUGGCAAAGUGGUGUUGGUGCUGGAGAGAGCCUCCCAGGGCGCUGGCCCUUCUCGCCCCCCAACCCCAGGCAGGAACCGGUAUACAGUGAUGUCUGGCACCCCAGAGAAGAUCCUAGAACUGCUCUUGGAGGCCAUGCGGCCUGAUUCCAGUGCUCAUGACCCAACAGAGACAUUUCUCAGCGACUUCCUCCUGACCCACAGCGUCUUCAUGCCCAGCGCCCAGCUUUGUGCUGCCCUCCUGCACCACUUCCACGCGGAGCCCUCAGGAGGCAGUGAGCAGGAGCACAGCACCUACGUCUGCAACAAAAGGCAGCAGGUCCUGCGGCUGGUCAGCCAGUGGGUGGCCCUGUAUGGUCCCAUGCUCUACGCUGACCCCGUGGCCACCAGCUUUCUCCAGAAACUCUCAGACCUGGUGAGCAGAGACGCCCGGCUUUGCAUCCUGCUACGGGAGCAGUGGCCGGAGAGGCGGAAACACCACAGGAUGGAAAACGGCUGUGGGAAUGCAUCUCCUCAGAUGAAGGCCAGGAACAUGCCUGUUUGGCUCCCCGGCCAGGACCAGCCCCUCCCCAGCAGCAACUGUGCCAUUCGAGUUGGGGACAAAGUCCCCUAUGUCAUUUACCGGCCGGACCACUCAGUGCUGACCCUGAAGCUGCCUGUGACGGCCUCAGUGAGAGAGGUGAUGGCAGCGUUGGCCCAGGAGGAUGGCUGGACCAAGGGGCAGGAGCUGGUGAAGGUCAACUCUGCAGGCGACGCCAUUGGCCUGCAGCCAGAUGCCCGUGGUGUGGCCACAUCGCUGGGGCUCAACGAACGGCUCUUUGUUGUCAACCCACAGGAAGUGCGCGAGCUGACCCCGCUCCCCGAGCAGCUGGGGCCCUCCGUGGGCUCUGCUGAGGGGCUGGACCUGGUGAGUGCCAAGGACCUGGCGGGCCAGCUGACGGACCACGACUGGAACCUCUUCAACAGUAUCCACCAGGUGGAGCUGAUCCACUAUGUGCUGGGCCCCCAGCAUCUGCGGGACGUCACCACCGCCAACCUGGAGCGUUUCAUGCGCCGCUUCAACGAGCUCCAGUACUGGGUGGCCACAGAGCUGUGUCUCUGCCCUGUACCCAGCCUGCGGGCCCAGCUGCUCAGGAAGUUCAUCAAGCUGGCUGCCCACCUCAAGGAGCAAAAGAAUCUCAAUUCUUUCUUUGCCGUCAUGUUUGGCCUCAGCAACUCGGCCAUCAGCCGCCUGGCCCACACCUGGGAGCGGCUGCCCCACAAAGUCCGGAAGCUGUACUCGGCCCUGGAGAGGCUGUUGGACCCCUCAUGGAACCACCGAGUCUAUCGACUGGCCCUCACCAAGCUCUCCCCUCCCAUCAUCCCCUUCAUGCCCCUUCUUCUCAAAGACAUGACCUUCAUCCAUGAGGGGAACCACACGCUGGUAGAGAAUCUCAUCAACUUUGAGAAGAUGAGAAUGAUGGCCAGAGCCGUGAGGAUGCUGCAUCACUGCCGAAGCCACAGCAAUGUGCCCCUCUCACCGCUCAGAAGCCGCGUCUCCCACCUCCACGAGGACAGCCAGGCAGCCAGGACAUCCACGUGCUCCGAGCAGUCGCUGAACACCCGGAGUCCAGCCAGCACCUGGGCUUAUGUCCAGCAGCUGAAGGUCAUCGACAACCAGCGGGAACUCUCCCGCCUGUCCCGGGAGCUGGAGCCGUGAGGAGGCUGGGGCCCGAGCGGGCACUUCCCGUCAGGAAAGCCAGGGCACGCCCGGGGCCAAGAGGCCCACAGGCUGGCCACAGCUGGGCAGGGCUCUCCGCAGAGUGGACUCAAGGCCCUGGAGCGGGCAGCGUGGAGGCAGCUGUCCCCUGUGAUGACGGGUGGCCAAGGAGGACCUCGGAAUGGAAUGAGCCGGGGCCCAAGGCCAAGGAAUGGGGGGCAGAGAGACCCUGGAGUGGGUGGGAGAGCAGAGCAGGUGCUGGGACUCUGGGUUCAAUAGAGAGCUCUCCACACCAGGUUUUUCCCAGA